AAAAGGUCCAAAGUCAAAAAUGUAAACAAAACACAUUUUUCUUGCAAACGGUGCUAAGGGUGUUAAACUAUCGCUACAUAUCGAGAUAAGUAUGAAAAAUAUGAUUUUUCUAUGUAAAAACAUAUAUUUUACCAAAGGCCGAAGUCAAUGAUUUUUUGUUUGUAUUCAAAAUCCUCAUAGACCCUUUGGCUCUAAGGGCCAAUGUGGAAACUGGGUUGUUUUGUUUUGAAAUCGAGUUUGACCCAGGGACAAAAACAAUGUGUUUCAAAACAAACACCGAAACAAGGAAUGGCCCUUUGUUUUGAAUUACUGCGAAACAGCAAGCUUCCGGGACAGAACGGAGUAGCGAUGCAGUACGAGGCCACGGGACAGAUAUCUACUUCCGGCUGUAUCGAAAAAGACGAUCUGAUCAACCCGAGGAUCAACCUAGUCAACGUAAACAACGGAAUUCGGAACAGUUCGCGCGCCCGCUUGAAACUCCUGCCAGCGCUGGCGGGAAUAGCAUGGCGCGUUCUAUUUCACCACGGCUUCGGAUCCCAAAACCCAGCAGCACCACAAUUCUGAAUGUCCCCGUUUCUUCAUCUCUUUUACGGAGGAAAACCUGCGGCCGCACGUCAACAGCGGGAAACAACCAAACGCCCCGCUUCGGCAGCGACGACGUGCACCAAGUGAACCUAACUCCGCCAACGACUACGCCACGAUUAAGUCCAACUGUGGCUACACGAGCGAGGCCGACGACACGAGCACCAACACUACGUCGCCGGAACAUCGAUCCGGAGCGACGGAUCCGUUAGUGUUCGAAACAAGAAUAUGCUGGCCGAUCAUAAACUCAGGUGGCUAUGACUGCUCUGACGACGGGUGUUGGCGAAGAACCGAUAAAGGCAGCAUUUGAGGGAAAUCUGCUACCGGAAGCAGCGGCGGUCGGUACAAGCUUGGGUACAAGUCAGCGCCGUUGCAGAAUCGAACACCGACCAUGUUCUUCGCCUUUUGGUGAACUCAACCGGAGUGCAUGCCAACCGCCAACCGCCACCUCGACUGAUCCAGAAGACAGACAAAUCCUCCACGUUCCAAUGCAAUCCGCGACGUUUCGAAUUAUUGAAUUAACUUUUCCACUAACAGAGAUUUAGUCAAAAUAAAAUUUCCCCAGUAUUUCUGUCCAAUUUAUACACCCUCAAGACGUGCGUCAUUAUGAUUCCAGUAACUGUCUGGUUUUGAAAACAAAGAAAAACGAAACAGAUGAGCGAUUUACAUGAAUUUAUUGAAUAAAACCAUCACUUGAAGUCCCUGGUAGUCCAUUAAAUGGGCCGUUACUGCAGCGGCCAUUACUAGCUUGGGUACAAGUCACCGAGUACAACACCGACACGUGUUCUUCUUCCUUUGACCAACUCAACCGGGCCACCUCGACUGAUCCGGACGACUGACAAAUCCUCCACGUUCGAACACCGUCUGCGACGGCUCCAAUCAACGAGUUC